ACUCGCGGCGCGAAGUGAGGCCUAUCCGCGGCGGUUCAAAACGGUGGCAGCAAAGCAAACGGCGAACGGUUAUUGCACGCCGUGAAGGAAGUUCGAGCGCGAGCGGGCACGGCCGAAUAAAGGCGCGCGUUUUAUAACGAGGCGCCUCGCGCGCUCACCACUCGCUCGUUCACUCGCGCAUUUUCCCCUUUUCCCCCUUCCUUGACGCUUCGCGCCGUCCGUUUUGCCCGCUCGCAAGUCGCGGGCAGUUCGUAAGUGCGCGCAGACUUGAUCGCGUCGCGCGGGGAAUUCGUGUCGCGAGUCGCUUGCGCGAAACUACAAGAGAUCAUCGCUCGCAUGUCACCCGGGAAUCUCUGUUACAGUCGUUGCCGAUGAUAGUGUCCAUAAAGAGUGCCGUCGCGAAUACACUCGACGAACUGUCCGUCGCGGAGAGAAAGAAAGAGAGAGACGCGGAGGAGCGAGCCAACAAGUGCGACUUUCGCCGAUUAUGGAUAGGAGAGAGCGCGUUCACGAGCGCGUCGAGUGCCCUCGAGCCAGUCUGUGAACCAUAUUGAAGGCGGUGUAGGCGGUGACGGCGUUCGAUCGCCGUCGUGUUCGCGAACUGGACGCUGUCACUCGAGAGAUUAAAUAUAGAGUCACAAAAUGGUAUCGAGGCGAAAAAUACUCUCGCGCUCACGAGAUAAUCUCGUAGAAUCGCAAUAUGAAGAACAAGAAGAGGAAGAUGUGUGGUAUAAUUUGGAUAAAUUAUACAAGGAUCACAUACAAGAAGUCUUAGAUAAAUGGAAUCAAAUAGAUGACGAAAUUUGGGCGAAAGUUAUCGUGUUCGAGAGAAACAGACGGGUAGCGAAAGCUUAUGCUAGAGCUCCUGUCCUCACAAUAAACGGUUCAAAUGAUGGAUUUGACGGAUUCAGAAUAGGACUUUGUGGAUUUGACAAUCCCAUGCGAGACCCGAAAACGGAAGAAGCAAAACGUCACAUAAAUCAGGGAGUUAAAAUUAAAAUGGACGAACAAGGCAACAUUCUCAUCAAAAGAUUAUGUAAGAACAAUGUAUACGUCAAGUCUACAAACCAAGAAGACAACGCGAUUGGUCCAGAAAUCAUACGCAAUUCGCAAGGUGCGCUCGAACAUGAAAAACCAGGAAAGUUGUUUGAUAUGAAUAAAUUUCAAACAAAUCUGUCGCGGGAAACACGAAGGGCUUACCCGGACAGACGGCGAUUGGAAAUGCAAUGUCUCAGCGCUAUCAUAUUCGUUAGAACAGAAGCUGACUUACUUCAAUGUCCUGUAUGGGUACUUAUCGUCAAUGUUGUCGGUUUGGAUAUGCUCAAGUCAAAGUUGCCGCCAGUUUUAGCACUACAAAGGCCGGUUGACAUAAAAAAUAGACCUAGAAUACCAAUUCCUGACGAAGAUCCUUAUAGCGUGGCGGGCGUGUCGUCAUCCGUAGGAGGUCCUAGCGAAAUAAUCUCCGGGGAUAGAGAUUCCCGAGAGCAAAUCUACAUGCAAUCGACGAGUUAUCAGCACCGACGUACAGAGAGACCGCCGAAACUGCCUCCUAGAGAGAAUCUCUAUGGUCAUGGUAUCCCCAAGCCUGAUUACGAUGAUAUAGAAGAUGACUAUACAAGAGCGAUAAAGCAUCCUAUAAUGGACGAGAAACGAAGUAAACAUGACGAUAGAAAGAAAUACGACGAUCCAUACUAUUGUGGUUUACGAGCGCGUGUGCCUAAUUUUGUAAAAAUGGCGAGGAACGGUCAGAGCAAGCUGGGUCCUGCUCCUCCUCGAGGACAUGUCAGGACACAACAUGUACCAUCCUACGCGGGCGCUGCAUACGCUAGUAGUCAAUCCUCUCAAAUAUACGGUCAUCUACCUGCUCAUCGACCACCCAUUAUGUACCAUGCCAGAAGCUUCGAGAGUGGACUUGAUUCGGACAACAGGAACGAGUCACCGUAUAACCACAUAUACGGAAGGUUACCGAUCCCGACGAGAGGCGUAAUACCUCCAACUCCGCGUGCUAUGUAUAUUGGAGAGUGGGAUUAGAUAGUAAGAAAUAUCUCGGCGUUUGUACCUAUAAACUGUAUAUUGUUAAUAUACCACAUAAAUACUCAUAUUUUUAUGCUAGCACUCGUGUGCUUAUUGUUUCAUCUCUGUAAAUGAAAAUGACAAUUAUACUUUAUAAGCUCGCAGAAACAAAUCAAUUAUUUUAGACUUAGUGAACCCAAAUGAAAGUUCGUACUCUUCACUAUCCUGUAAAAUCUCUCCAAUA